AAGAUGGCGGCGGCAGAGACGCAUCUCACAAGCCGGAUAUGGUAUCUACGUAUAUAUAUAUCUAUGCGUUUAAUGCUCCCUACGGACUACAGAGCAGCAGCGGAGGAUGGACCCAAGUUAAAUGAAUGAGAUGCGGGCUGAUAGAGACCAGACAGGCGGAUGAUGAUGAUGAUGAUGAUAAGAGGGUGAACCGGCCGAUGGAACAUCAGGAUCGUAAUUUGAAUCCUGGUUUAACGCUUGGCUAAAUUACGUGAACAAUUAAGUGAAUCAUAAGUUAAAUUACCUGGUUGCACACACAUUAGCCCUAUACAUUCUUCGGUUAACAUCGACGUCGGUGAAGCCGAGCUGUCUUGGAGGAUGUUAAAGCCUGGAAUAUGCACCAAGUGUUUUCUGUCUCUUCUUCAAAAACACCGGAGAUGAAGCUUCCUCUUGAAAGAAGAUGUCCUCCAUCGUAAAGCGGCGUUAAACAACUCAAAUAGCGUUGCCACACUUGGUUGAAGGAAUUUGAUUUAAUGGCACAGCGGACUGCUGCAAGAAAAAGCCAACGACUGAAAGUGGGAUUUAUGAACACUCGGUUUAUUGAGUCUUUUUGUUAGUCUCUUUCGACAUUUUCUAUUUGCAUUUAAAAAGGCAACUUCAGAAGCUUAAUUUGGUUAUAAAUCACACUGCCUUUCCUGUCAGUGUUGCCCCGAGUUUAGCUCCGUAAUCCUCCUUUGUGAGUUUUAUUUAGCUAAGGGUUGCAACUACUAGUUGGCGUCAGUGCUGCUUCUUCGUUCAUCAUGCAUGCACAGACACGUUUACUUGGAUGAAAUCACCAAACAAAAAUGUACCAGAGGGCACUACAACAACACCAAGCCCAUGUCUGGACUGAGAAGAGCACCGUGGCUCCGCUGCCCGUGAAGCCACAACAACCAUAGCGGCUUUAGUUGGACACCGAGAGGGGAUCAAAAACUAGCCUCCAGCCUGUUCACACCGCCCUCAAGAGACCACCGAGAGGAUCAUUUUCGACUCAACUGAAGCCAGCAAAAAUGGGAGAGCAGCCCAUCUUCAGUACCCGGGCCCACGUCUUCCAGAUCGACCCAAACACCAAGAAGAAUUGGGUUCCCACCAGUAAACAUGCUGUCACGGUCUCCUACUUCUUCGACUGUACCAGGAAUGUAUAUCGAAUCAUCAGUCUGGAUGGAUCUAAGGCCAUUAUCAACAGCACCAUCACCCCCAACAUGACGUUCACCAAGACGUCGCAGAAGUUUGGCCAGUGGGCCGACAGCCGGGCGAACACCGUCUAUGGCCUCGGCUUCUCAUCUGAGAGCAACCUGGCCAAGUUUGCAGAAAAGUUUGCCGAGUUCAAGGAGGCAGCACGGAUAGCAAAGGAGAAGUCUCAGGAGAAGAUGGAGCUCACCAGCACUCCAUCUCAGGGUGGUGCUGUAAAAAGGAAUGUGUUUUCAGUCAGCAAAGCUGGUAAAAAGAAGCAGGAGUCGGCCCCUGGUGAUCUGCAGUCACCUUUGACCUCAGAGAGCAUCAACGGUACAGAAGAGGAGAGAGUCACACCAGACACAACGCAGCACACCGAACCCAGAGCAGAGCCUUCCCAGAAUGCACUGCCCUUCUCACACAGUUCGUCCAACAUCAAUAAGCACUGGGAGGCAGAGCUGGAGGCACUUAAAGGGAACAACGCCAAGCUGACGGCGGCUCUGCUCGAGUCCACGGCCAACGUCAAACAGUGGAAACAACAGCUGGGGGCCUAUCAGGAAGAAGCCGAGAGGCUACACAAACGGGUGACGGAGCUGGAGUGUGUGAGCGGCCAAACAACAGUGAUUAAAUCCCAAAAGACCGAACUCAACCAAACGAUAGAAGAGCUGGAGUCGGCUUUGAAGGCCAAGGAGGAGGAGUUGGAGAGACUUAAAGCAGAGGUGGAGAGUGCCAACGACUUUCAGUCUCAAAAAGACUCCCUUACACAGAAACUACAGGACAUGGAGUCGAGGAACCAGACGCUGGAGGCCCAACUGAACAAUCUGGAGCAGCGUCUGGAGAGCAACCAGCAGGAGAGGGAAGCCUUUCGCAACAGCCUGCGCUCGCUGCUGGAGCUGCUGGACGGAAAGCUCUUCGAGCUGACAGAGCUGCGGGACACGCUGGGGAAGCUCCUCGAGAACAGCUAGAGAGGCGAACACACGUCCGAACACGUCGUCACCAACAUCACCACAGCCAGCGCUCGGAGGAGAAACCACCUGCAUGUCGGCAUUCACGUCGUCACUGACACGUAACUUGAAAAUUAAGUUGUUUUUUUUUCACAUGUAUACGAUAACGUGUAAAGGUUUACACACGACUUUAUGCAUUAACGGUACACACUUGUUUCGCUACGUCACAUCGGUACACGUUUACAAACGAGCCAAGUAAAAGAGGCUUUGCUUGGACCAUGCCUUCCCUCCGCUCCACUCUGGAAUAACACGAAAAACUCCGAAUGAAUCCAUUUUGAUUGUUUUUUGUUUGUUACUUGAAUAUCGUUUGCGGGGGACAUUUUGUUUUUUGCUCCUUCAAUCAUGCAUGACUUUUAUUAAAGACGAGCUGCAUAUUCUUUUUUUUUUUCCCGAGCUACGCUUUGGUGUGUUCUGAAGUCACCUGGAGCCAAUGAUUGUUGUUCUUUCUCCCCAUCUUUUUUUUUUUUUUUUUUUUUUCCCCCAUUGUCAGCCAAAUGAACAUUUGGGAAUCAGAUGAGAAGGGACUCAUUUUUAGUUAUUCGAACUCUGGAAGGUGACAGGGCGCUUCGAAUGUCUUGAAGAGACAAAUGUUCCUCCUGUGACUGAAAUUCACAGAGGGACUGCAAAAAAAAAAAAAAGCCGGGGAGAACUUUGUCUCUUAUACUCUUCUUAUACAAUAUAUGAGCAAUACAAAAAAAAGGGAGCAUCAGAGGGUAAAUAAACACUUUCCACUCUCACUUUCAGGUAAUUUUACUCCUCUCUCGGAUGCGUUUAGACCACAAGCAAGAUUUUAUUCACUUUCUUUCUAUACACAUUUUUUAAAGAAUAUAAACAAAUUCAUAGUGCACUUGUAAAAAUGGGGUUUGUGUGUUUGGGUGAAUCUUUCUUUCUCCUCUUGCUUCUGUUGUGACUUGAAUUGCAAUGACUGAAUCCUUUUUGUUGUUAAUUUAUUACUGUUACUGAAGAUGAAAGUUGUACAAAAACAAAGAUCUUUAUUUACAUCUCGUUUUCACUUAAUCUUUUUUUUUUUUUUUUAUUGUCUGGUACGUGGGUGUCAGGUAGUUUUUUGUGUGUGUGGAAAAACUGGCAAUAUUUUUGAACUAUUUAUGAAAAUGAAAUGAGAAUAUAACAACCUGCGAUUGCAGGUUGGAUUUGCAGAGAAUCUUUUUUUCUUUUGCCAAAUAACCUUUUUCCUGUACAGAUUAGAAUUGUUGCUGAUGUUGCCUUUGGUACAGAGAUGCAUCAAGAGUAGCUAACUAGCAGUAUUUUAGGUUUUGUGGGAUUUACUAUUGCCAAAAAAAAUUCAGCAACAUUAAGAGGAAUAGUAUAUACACAUGAAGAACACUAUUUAAGGGCUUGUUGUUGGUUCGGGUACAUUUGGGAGACUUGAAUGAUUUUAGCGGUGACUUUAUCACGUUGAAAAUUACGACUAUAUUACAGCUUGAAAAGGGAAAAAAAAAAACAUUUGAAUAAGACUUUUAAAUGUUGAUUAUACCACAUGCUUAAAAACACAAAUUGUAAUUUUGAGUUUAUAGUAAAAGAAAACCAAAUGCAA